UUCCCACGUGACUGGUAACCGCAAACAGGAGGGCGGAUAGAUAUGGAUGCGCACAGGACGGGCAUCCAGUGAUAGCUACGGAGCUACGCGUGGCGACAGAGCGGAAGAGCUGUUGCCAUUCGGAAAUAUAGCUCUCGAAAAACGGAGGUUUGUUUCUCUGCGAGUAGACAACAAACAAGGGACGCCAGCAGACGGGACUGCUUGCUUCGAGGCAAGUCCACAGGCUUUCCGAGUUCCGAGCCUACACACGACAAGUUACGUUGAGAGCCAGAAACAACUGUUGCUGAAGGAAGAAGCAGCAGCAGCAGUGCGAACUUUUCGGGGACCAACUAACGGAGUUUGCCAGCUACUGCUGUGACAUCAAACGUCAGCCCCCUUCACAGCGGCUUCGGGGGCCUUUUUUCGGCAGGGGUGAGUAAACUGCAAGGAGCGGAACGCCCUACGGGAGAGGGAGAGAGAGAGAGAGAGAGAGAGAGAGAGAUGGGAUGCGUGCAAUCUGCAUCCUCAGCAAGCGGAAAGUAUAGCGAUGGCACCACGGAGGCGUCCGAGUCCCCCUCGCGUCACGCCUUGCGGAGGGAGAAAUCGACAGCAGCUCGCGCUGCGGGCCGUGCCCCCGACAAUGAUGGCGGCAGCGACAACAACAACAGCACUAGUGCCGGUGGUGGUCGACUUUCGCCGGAGGCAGACUUGCCCAUCAACUGGAACCUGAGGUUCAAGGACCUGGUCAUUCUUGAGCACAUCGCAAACGGGGGUUACUGCACGGUCCUGGCGUGCAUGCUCCACGGAGAGAAGCGGGCGGUCAAGAUCCCCCUGGCCACCUGCUCCGAUCCGGAGGGGGCGGUUGCCGACCUCACCAACGAGAUAAGAAUACUCAAGCGCCUCAGGCACCCGCACCUGUGCUCCGUGUACGGUGCGGGGGGUUGGCGGGCGGAGGGGGAGCUGCCGUUCCUGGUGCUGGAGCGGUUGCAGUACAAGAACCUGGCGCAGCAGUGCGGGACAGACGUGGAUGAUACGUCGAUGAUUGUGGAGUUCAAGCAGAAGAAGCUUAGAGCAAAGUUCCGCUUCAGGAAACGGCUGGGCUACGGCCUUCAGCUCGGGGACUUGCUGAGAUAUCUCCACAGCGAGAGCAUCCCGGGGGGCUUCGUCAUACACCGAGAUCUGAAGCCCAGCAACAUCGGAAUCUCCGACGACGGUGUCCUCAAGGUUUUCGACUUCGGACUGGCGAAGUUGCGCGAGCAGAGAGAUCCCCUCACGGACCGAUAUGUGAUGACUGGCCAGACCGGAAGUCAGAGGUUUAUGGCACCGGAGGUUUUCGACGGGAUGCCCUACAACGAAAAGGCGGACAUAUAUUCUUACGGUAUCGUUCUCUGGGAGCUGUGUGCCCUCCAGAAGCCGUUCGCCGGGAUGUCUUCCCACGAGCACGCUCGCAAGGUGUUCCGGCAUGGAGUUCGGCCGCCGUUGGACAAGCGGUGGCCGGACGAGCUGAAGAGCCUGUUGCGGUCGUGCUGGCACGCCGAGGCGGAGGAGCGCCCGGACGCAGCCCAGGCCGUGGAAACCCUGGCGCGCAUUAUCGAGAAGAUGGACGCUACCGCCGCCGCCGGUGCCGCCGGUACCGCCGCCGCCGCCGCCGCCGCCGCCGCCCCCCCUGCACGGCGGAAUCGACCCCACAACCUGUUCGGGGAGAGCACGUGACGCCACAGCACCCGUCCGGCGGUAUGGUAGGCGGGUAAACACGCUUCCAUUGUAGUGCUUUGACCGCGCUUUUAGGGUACACGCAAAAGGGUACACUCAGGAGAAUCGUUCUGAGCGCGGGCGCGCGCGCGCGAGACUGCGACUUUAUCUCGCUGCCCUCUGCUCUCUUCAUCUCGUGGGGCGCACGUAAUUUUCCGUCGUCGCCUACGGAAGGGGACAUAAUCGAUUCUGACGUCCUUGGCUCUUCAUGCGCGCAGUCUCGAGGGUAGAAGUGCCACGUCGUGUAGACUGGGUGCAUGUUAGCAUGGGUGCAUGUAAAAGCAUGGGUGCAUGUAAAAGCAUGGGUGCAUGUGAAAGCAUGGGUGCAUGUCGUCCUGAUUCUAGGAGGUUAUUCGGAGAAAGUGCCCCGUCCAACAACGGGCCUGUAAGCGUAAAAGCCGCACCGCUCGUGCAAUUAUGUACAUACGCACCCAUCGGUCGUUUAGCGGGCGGUGCCUCAUGGUGCAUGCAGGACAUGGUUCCCCGGAUUGGCCGGCCAAUUCCCCGCGUUUUUUGCCUGUCUAUCCUCCACCUGGGGUUGGCGUUUUCGUCGAAGGGGACGAGUACAAAGAAGAGGAUCUAUAGACAAAUGAAGGGGAGACCGAGUGAGCCUCCCCGAACGAUGGAUCCCGCCGUAGAUAAGCACGGCACACGAGAGUGUCGGGAUUCGCCGGCAAGACUUGAAGAUGAGUACCAGGUCUUUUAGAGUAAUGAGUGCCGAGUUGGCCUGGGUAGUCUAGCACUGAAAACCCUAGUAAGAGGACAGCAGGUUGGGUUGAUUGGCUAGGGUUCCACAAGACCAGCCGCACAUGGUGUUGGCGCUCCCGCACACCUCUUCCAGGUGUUACCGGCGGCUGCCCUGUUGGGACGCGGGUUGUCUUAGAUUUCCAUCGUUGGUCUGGACGUGCAUGUUCAUGGAUCUAGGGGCGCGUUUGCGGGCAGCCCCACGUGUUCUGUUCUGCAAUGGUUCGAUCACCAGCCCCCUCCCCCCCCGCGACGAGGCGUAUGUUCGUGGCAAGAAAGACGCAAAAUGAUGUUGUUUGUUAGCCGUGCCGUUUUCCCGGUCGGUGGUUUAGUGCCGAUGCCUUUGCUUGUGGCAACGACUCGGUGGUCAACCUUGUGCGUCGUUCUGUUGUGCCGUCUGGAGCCAAUCUGUAUCUCGUCGUGUUUUCAUAAAAGAAGUGCCUCCUAAGUUUUGUGGGGGUAGGUGAUGGGUGUCCUGACUUACUGGUAUGUUCGGAUUGCUCGGUUAUCUUCCUUUUUUCUCCGUGAGAGCAUGGUGUUUGCACAAUGUUUGCAGCGAAUAACGGAAGGUAAUGUGUCCAUUUUCCCAUAUCAGGGAAAACAUUUUUUUAUCAGUAAUGUUCGUCCCCAUGAUCUGCAUACAAUAUUGAGAUUCUACCAGAUAAGACCAUUUAUUAUUUUUGGUUGGUGGUGCUGUUUUUUUGCUGCUGGCAAGAGGUGGGGGGGUGGACACGCCGAAGAGCGUAGCACUACAGCUUCGAUAUAGCUGGAGGGAGUAGUCUUCUUCUGUUGGUUUUUUGUGGUUCUGGAGGCGCGUGUUUUUAUAAGUCGUCACCGGCGUUGUGUUUCGUUGUGACAGUGCGAUCGAAGCAAUCCUUCGCAAGCAAGGGCUGCAGCGAUUAACGAGAGAUUGCUUUCAGCAGAUUUUCCCCUAAAAGUUGAGGAUAACGUUUCUGUUAAUCGUCGUCGAUUCGUCAGGGAGAAGCAGUAGCCGAAACUCUUGCUUUCUUUCCGUGUUAUCGCGCGCGGCUGCCUGCCGUGAUCAUGCACUACGCUAACCUUGAGGUGCGUCCGAGUUGCAGUGUGGUGGUUAUUGUCGAUCUCUCAUGCCACCUACCUCGAAGGAAGUGUGCUUCGGGACUUCAUCAUAUUUUCUAUGAUGGUUUGAAUGUUGUCGGCCUUUUGUGAUUUUUCUGCAUGAUUUUGUUUCUCCGUAGUUUCCCAUGAACCCAAUUUAGGCCCUAUAUCUUGGCGGUUUGCCUGUUGUGACCACGGAACUCCGCAGGCGUCCGCGCCAGACAAUUAGAAAGUGGGAGGGGCUGCUGAAACAGAGAUCGUAAACGGAGUUCAGUGCGAGACAAUCACAACAACAGUCAUUCAUUCGG